CUUGGCCUUUUUUACCCCAACCUGUCUUUCAUUCGACUUCUCAAUCAUCUUUCGGCAUUCACCGGAACAGGAACAUCAGUCCUACCUUCCUACUCAGGUGUUGGCCUCAACGUUCAGCGAAGUGCAUGAGCGGUACAAUCGAUGUGCCCGGUUGUAACAUGAACACCUCCGCUGUACUUCCCUCGAGUCACAGCAACAAUCCACAAUCCACUACCGACACCGAUAUCUCGGAAAAGCACAGCAACGAGCAAUAUCCUCUCGCAGACAACAAAUCCAACGGUACAGGAAUCACGGCAGGUACCGCUACGGAGCUUGCCCGGUCUGUUCGAUUCAAAAUUCGAAUUGCCGACCUGGACUAUUACAUGGCGGAACCGGGACCCCUAGACCACGAUUCAUGUCAGUUCCUGCCCCCCAGAUGUCCAGUACUGAAGGUUCCUGUCGUUAGGGUUUACGGCGCUAACGAGGCAGGACAAAAGACCUGUCUUCAUAUCCACCAGGCCUACCCAUACUUUUACGUUCCGUACGAAGGAUCCUUGGAGCCAUCUCAACUUCAAGUAUACAUUCAGCAACUGGGACUGAGCUUAAACCACGCCGCCUGCAUCACUUUCAAAACGCCCCAGGACCCAUGGAAAUCCCAAUAUGUGGCAGCGAUCACGCCUGUCAAGGGCAUCCCUUUCUAUGGAUACCAUGUCGGGUAUUCGUGCUUUCUCAAAGUAUACCUGUUCAAUCCUGAUCUCGAAAGCCGUAUCGUAGAUUUGAUGCGCAGUGGAGCCAUCAUGGGGACACAAUUCCAACCGUUCGAAUCCCAUAUACCCUUCAGGCUUCAGUUCUUUAUCGACUUUAAUCUUUACGGGAUGGGAUGGCUUGAGCUCGAAGAGGCGCUGUUGAGAAACGAAGUUCCAUUCCCAAGGAUAGGAGACCAUCCUAAACGUUUGACACGAGCAUCUGUAUCAGAAACGCGGAUCUGGUCCCCUGAGAACGACCCCGGACGGAUAUCGCAUUGCGAAAUUGAGAUGGACUCAACAGUGGAUCGGAUCGUAAACAGGGAUAGGGCUCCAGAAAGACGGCUGCACCAAUCGCUGGAAGAGUGCUUCAAGCCGCCUUCCUUGUCAGCGCAAGUCCCCUCCAUGGCUGAUCUUUGGGAGGAUGAUGCAAAAAGAAGAAAAGCAAGUAAUCUCCCGACUCAGGAACCGCCCAAGACUCAAGUCCGUGAUCCCGUGAGCAUCCCUUGGCUAAAUCAUGACCUGAACAAACAAAUGGUCGCUGAUUUAGUUCAGGAGAUGAUAUCUCAGAGCCAGACGAAAACGCCAACGCAAGGAGAUUUCAACAACUUCGAGAUCAAAGAAGAUCCAGUGACCGCCUCCUUCAUGACGGCAUACGAGAGCGUCGACUUUCUUUGCCCCCGCAUGAUCUCAGACCCGGACGAGUCAUUUGAGGCGCGUUCGCAGAUUGCGUCUCAAAUUCCAUUUGUCUAUAACGAAGCGGACAGCUCCAUUCUUGUAGACGAGUCAAUAAUCUCACAGACUGGUGAAGUAUUUGAAGAAGACAAUAUGAAUUCCAGAAAGGAGAUUUUGAAGGGAUUAGCCGGCCUUCAGGGCAUCGAUGAACAAAUAGGAGAUGAUGAGUUUCCGUUACCAGAUAUAAAUGACUUUCAAGACGAGGUUUUUAUAGAUGAGGCAGACGAAGCAGGUGGGACGGAUGAGGCUGAUAUUUGGGAUGGUAUAGGCUCGUUCGACUUAGAAGGGCAUAUCGAGGAAGCCGAUUCAGCGAUUGUAAAUAUGGUUGAUCGCCGUAACAUUCCUCAGUUUGAUGGUGGUGGCGACGAACAUCCAUUGUACGACGACAAUAAAGGCGAGGAUGCUGCAAGGAACUGGAGGAAGGUGACCCAAAACCCUGGAAGGAAAAGGACCCGCUUCUCGUCAUCGUCUUUGCCUGCCCCUCAGGAACCACCUGCACAGUCACCGAAACGGUUUUGCGAAGUCGUUGCUAGUGGGAGUACAGCGUCAAGAUCUGUGUUACGCCCCAGAUCAUUUCGUCAAUCGGAUCGACCUUCAAGAAUUCAUGUGGAUAUGAGCAACAGCAAUAACAGACCGGCGACGCUGACGGAUCUGACGCCUGUAGAUGACUCGAUUGAGGACGGCGAUUACAGCGACUUUGACAUAGAGGAUGUAUCGAAAGGAUCUGGAAUAAUACCUCAUCUGCGCGAGCGAUUCAAGCAACCCCGCAGGGCUCGCGAUUCACCCAAGCCUAUUACUGGAUAUGAUUAUCCAGAGCCAGCCUCGCCAAGUCGAACCUAUUUUCUAUCGGCUAUGGAUGAAAUGUGGUCUUCGCCUUCACCGCCUUUGGAAAGACCCGCAUUUCUCUAUUCUCCGCCUCGUCCAAGCUCCCCAGAUCUUGCUUCUGCUCAUACUGUAUACGUCUCUGACUUACUUCCGCAGUCUUCAGUCGACAAGCCCACCCACCAGCACACGGUCACCUUGAACUCUCCUGCAGCACCGCGCAGCCCAGAGGUGAACCGACUAUCGACGCACAACUGCAGGGCCAGCACUAUCGUCAAUCAGACAUUUCUCGGCGACGAGCCACUUGCCCAAGACGAUGUUCCAUAUGGCGCGCAAAUGGAUGACGAGAACAGUGGAGUGUUUCACGAGACUCACUUGAAGCGAAGGUCGCAGGAAGAUAUCUCAAAGCAUGUUUUGGCUGAGGAUUCUAUCAUCCAUGACUCUUUCGAUGACGUUCUUUCUCAAUCGACGAUUCCUGAGCCAAUUCCGGCAGAAACGUCCGUUCUACAUGGUUCUACACCACAUAUUUACCGAUUCGCGAUCGAACCGCCGACGACACAGGACUUGCUGCACUCGUUUACAGAGCAUGGGCUGCCUAAUGUUGUUUAUCAGAAACCAUAUUUCUCGAAUGAGCAAGAUGUCCCGUCUAAGGCGAAAGCCUUUGGGGGUAAGGAAUUCCGUGUACAGUCGAAUGGGAUCAAGACUAUGCCGAUAUUCAACGGGGCUCUUGGCCUCAACAAGAGUUUUCUCCCAGGAGAGGGUUUUCGAUUCUGGGAGCCGAUCUACUCGCCACCAUCCCGUGCCACAAUUCAAUCCUGGUUGAAGGAGGAAGAAGUGCGCGCCCGAUUGUCUCUGAGGUCAGCUGCCGGAACAUCAACGCAAAAACGAAAGGAACGAAUAUCGCAGAUCGAAGGUCCUACGCAGAAGAACCCAUUUGGGUACAAGAACAGCCCUACGAAGACCGCGGCAUCGGUUGCGGUGGAAAAAGACUUCUUGGACGUGCUUAGUUUGGAGGUCUAUUGCCAGACCCGUGGUGGCCUUCUGCCCGACCCGAAGUACGAUCAAAUUUUGGCGGUCUUUUAUUGCUGGCAGACAGAUCGCGAAGGAUUGAUAUCAAACGGUUGGGCACCAGGGUAUAGAACGGGGAUAUUCACCCAUGCCAAAGCAGGAAUGAUGAGGAAACUCGCAGCCGGACGUGUGGGGUUCGACAUUUAUGUUGCAGAGAAUGAGGGUGCGAUGAUGAACGCCGUCAUCGACCACGUUCGAGAACUGGACCCCGAUAUUCUGGCCGGCUACGAAGUUCAUAAGCUUUCCUGGGGCUAUCUCGUGGACAGAUACCAAACCCUGUUUGGGUUAGACAUGUCGAAGUUACUCUCACGCGUCCGACCUUUGAAAGCGCCCGUACUUACCAUGAGCAUCCUCGAAGCUAGGGAUUCCUACAACACUAAACAUCAUGCGGGCCUGAAGUUCCCUGGUCGGCAUUUAUUCAAUGUAUGGAGGCUGAUACGAGGAGAAGUCGCGCUCACGAACUAUGGUUUUGGCAACGUGGUCUUCCAUGUUCUGCAACAACGAAUUCCACACUAUACCCAUGAAACACUGACAAAGUGGUGGUUGGAUGGCAUCGCGCUCCAUCAGUCAAGAGUCAUUCGGCAUUAUCUACACCGCGUCCAAUAUACUCUCCAGCUGAUUGAGUCGCAGGAGCUCAUUUCUCGUACAAGCGAGUUCGCCCGUGUCUUUGGUGUAGAUUUUUUCAGCGUUAUUUCGCGCGGUUCGCAGUACAAGGUCGAGUCGAUGAUGGUGCGUCUAGCGAAGCCCGAGAAUUAUAUCAUGAUUUCGCCUAGCCGAGCGCAAGUUGCGGCCCAGCGGGCUCUCGAAGUGAUUCCGAUGGUGAUGGAGCCAGAGUCUGGGUUCUAUGAGGAUCCUGUGGUAGUAUUGGAUUUCCAGAGUCUGUACCCGAGUGUCAUGAUCGCAUACAACAUCUGUUACUCCACGUGCCUCGGUAAACUUGGAGGAGGCACCAAGAUUGGAGUAUUGACAGAGUAUAAGAUCAAGGAUGGAGCUCUGCCGCUGAUGGAAGAACACCUGCAUAUUGCACCAAAUAACGUCAUGUAUGUGAACCAGGGUAUUCGGAGAGGUCUUCUUGGCAGGAUGUUGGCAGAAAUCCUCGACACCCGUGUGAUGAUCAAGAAAGCCAUGAAGGAAUAUCCGGGCAACAGGUCGCUGCUAAAGCUUCUGGAGGCCCGUCAACUUUCCCUCAAGUUCAUCGCUAAUGUCACCUACGGCUACACCUCAGCGUCUUAUUCAGGUCGCAUGCCCGGUAUCGAGAUCGCGGACUCGAUCGUGCUCUCCGCUCGCGAGACACUGGAGCGGGCGAUUAGAUUUGUGAACGACAGUCCGAAGUGGAAUGCGAGGGUUGUUUAUGGAGACACGGACAGUAUGUUUGUGCACCUCAAGGGUCGGACACGGCAGGAGGCCUUUGAGAUUGGAUACGAUAUUGCGGAGACGAUUACGAGAAUGAACCCGCGGCCGGUCAAAUUGAAGUUUGAGAAGGUAUACGACAAGUGUUUUCUGGUGACGAAAAAGCGAUACGUCGGUUCAUCGUAUGAAUCACCGAAUCAGAAGGAGCCGAUAUUCGAUGCAAAAGGAAUUGAGACCAUCCGACGCGAUGGUGUGCCUGCAGUGCAAAAGAUCAUGGAGACUUGUAUCAAAACAAUGUUCAGGACGCAGGACUUAUCUUUAGUCAAGUCGUACUUUGUGCGCCAACUCGGUAAAGUCUUAGAAGGACGGGUUCUUGUUCCUGAUUUGAUGUUUGGCAAAGAAGUGCGUAUGGGCGGUUACAGCGAGAAAGGAGUACCGCCUCCAGGUGCUGUAGUGUCUGCUCGCAGGAUGGAGCUCGAUCCGCGCUCGGAACCCCAGCAUGGAGAGCGUGUGCCGUACGUAGUCGUUUAUGGCGACCUAGGGGCUCGGUUAACGGAUCAGGUCGUUGAGCCGAAGCAACUCCUUGUGAACAAAAACUUGCGGCUCAAUGGCGAGUACUACAUCCGCAAACAUAUUAUACCGUCGAUGGAGAGAAUCUUCCAGCUCGCUGGCGCAGAUGUGAAAUCGUGGUAUGAGGAGAUGCCCAGAGUGCAAAGGGCCGUCCCUUUCGGUCAUUCGGGAGUUAGUAAUGGUGGCACUGGUAGGUCUGCAAGUACAACACCUAUGGUAGCUACCACAGUAGUGCCCACAGAAGUGACGGCGGCGAUGGUUGCGGCGCAGGAAGAACGGCAGCAGCAACUAGUACAGGCAGGCGAUGAUCAGUUCAUCGAAAAUGAAAACGUUGAAGUCGAUGAACUCGCUGCGGCUGGAGAUGCAGAGCCUUCUGAGGGCGUACCGAACACCGAGCCCGAAGGAAUGUCAGUACGCCCCAAGUUCCUGCCCAGACGAAGAGGCGGCAAGGGUUACGUGUCCGUUGGGUCUCGAAUUGAUCGAUACUAUCAGAGUCAGCUCUGUGUGAUUUGCAGCAAGAUGAUUGUCGGCCAGAAGCCCAACAGAGACCUCUGCGCGGAUUGCAUGAGCGAGCAAGGACGGAUCAAGUCUAUGCUCGUGAUGCAGAACCGGCUUUCGAACGCGGAGAAGAUGUUCAGAGCGACUGUGGACGUAUGCAGUUCAUGCUGUCGCUCUGCACCCAACGGAGGAAGCAGUGUGGGAGACAUCGAAAACGGUGUGGCCAAUAGCGAGACCGACUUGGUUGCAUGCGAGAGUUUGGAGUGUGGUGUCUUUUGGCAGCGUCGCAGGGCUCAGGACUCUUUGUCGAUUGCCCAGCACUUGACAAACCGAGUCAUGAAAGACCUCGAAGAUUUCUCUUACAAAUAAUAUGAUUUGGUCGCCUUUUUCAAUCUUGCAGUUAGAAUUGAACACGAUCGACUCCAUUAUUUCAUUGUAUUGUAUGCCAAUUGUG